AUGCGUGUAACUCUUGGAGGUUUUCUUGCCCUAGCUGCAGUUGCAGCGGCUGCACCCCACGACUUGUCGGCUUCAACGGAUGACAAUCGACUUGUAAAACGGGCAGGCGUACAAUAUUUCGGUGUCAACAUUGCCGGAUUUGACUUUGGAUGUGCCACAUCCGGAACGUGUGACACAACCAAGGCUACACCACCGUUAUCUCAAUACGGAGGUCCUGACGGUGUUGGUCAGAUGAAGCAUUUUGUCACAGACGACAAGAUGAACAUUUUCCGUCUUCCAGUCGGCUGGCAAUGGCUCGUUAACAACAAACUUGGCGGGACGCUCGACCAGGCCAACACGGCCAAGUACGAUUCGCUGGUGCAAGCCUGCCUAGCCACAGGAGCUACGUGCAUAAUCGAUAUUCACAACUACGCCCGGUGGAACGGCCAGAUCAUCGGCCAGGGCGGGCCGACGGACGACCAGUUCGCCAACCUCUGGUCGCAGCUUGCCAAGAAGUACGCCACGCAGACGAAGCUGAUGUUUGGGCUGAUGAACGAGCCGCACGACAUGCCGGACAUCGACAAGUGGGCGUCCAGCGUGCAGGCGGCGGUGACGGCGAUCCGCAACGUGGGGGCGACGUCGCAGGCGAUCCUGCUGCCGGGGACGGACUACACGUCGGCGGGGACGUUCGCGACCAAGUCCGGGCCGGCGCUGCUCAAGGUCAAGAACCCGGACGGCAGCACGACGGGGCUGAUCUUCGACGUGCACAAGUACCUGGACAGCGACAACAGCGGGACGCACACCGAGUGCGUGACGGACAACGUGUCCGGGGCCUUCAGCCCGCUGGCCGACUGGCUGCGCCAGAACAAGCGCCAGGCCAUCAACACCGAGUCCGGCGGCGGCAACACGGCCAGCUGCGAGAAGUACUUCUGCCAGCAGAUCGACUUCCUCAACAAGAACUCGGACGUCUACAUCGGCUACGUCGGCUGGAGCGCCGGCGCCUUCAACCCACAGACGUACGAGCUGAGCGAGGUCCCGACCAAGAACGGGAACACCUGGACAGACAGCGCUUUGGUCAAGGCGUGCAUCAAGGCGCCUGCUUAG